CCCCCCCCUCCCCUUCCCCUCCCCUACCUUUUACCCCCCGGCAACAAGUUAUAUAGAUCUUCCCUCAUUCAACGAAGUCCUUUUUAUACGUACACAUACAGGCACAAGCAAAGAAGUCGCCUUUCUCUUCAAUUCCCUUUUUUAUCCUGACCGGUUCUCCUCCUUUGUCUCCAUUUACACGUCUCUCUCUAUCCGCAAUCCUCGAUCGACCGAACUACACCUCCUCUCAGCCCGCAAAAAGUUGUCGAGACACGCCACCGACGACGGCAGCAACCACGACACACGACACGACACACCACCACCCAGAGAAAUACACCCCCCCCCACGGUCUUAUCCUUCCUCGGCAUCUCAGAUCACCAGGUCCCCCGCGGUCCCCUCGAAACUACAUAUACAUCUCUAAGAAGCCGCUCGAAACCCGCCACUGCCCAUCGCAGCGCAACGAAAAACACCGCCGAACCUGGCGCGAACCGAUGAUCGAUUUGCCGUUGCGCGAAUACAGGCCUCCAAGCGGGCCCAAUAGAUAAAGCCCCUCUCUCCUCACGGCAUACUCUGGACGUGUUGGCCAGACAUAGCACUACUGUAUGACUGACUUGGCGGACAUCUUCGAUGAGCUCGGCCUUACCCAGUAUCUUGAUAGCUUCCUCGACCAGGGUUUCGACACAUGGGACACCAUCCUUGACAUCACGGAGCCGGACUUCGACGUCCUCGGCGUGAAACUUGGCCACAGGAGGAAACUCCAGAGGAAGAUCGCAGCGACGAGAGGAAUCAGCCAUGCGCAAGCAUUAGCAUCACCGAAGCGAGGCACGCCCUCGCUGGAGGACAAGCAGUCCGAGGACAACAAGGGCGCGACGCCGAGGUCAGAUGGCAAAGAUGGAAACGCGUCGACCCAGCCGAGCGGGAAACGAAAAUACAGGAGGCACCCCAAGCCGGACGAGAACGCACCCGAGAGGCCGCCGUCCGCAUAUGUCAUCUUCUCCAAUAAGAUGCGCGAGGAUCUGAAGGGCCGGCCGCUAUCCUUCACCGAGAUCGCGAAGCUGGUAGGAGAGAACUGGCAGAACCUGACGCCGAGCGAGAAGGAGCCCUACGAGCAGCAGGCGUUUGCGGCGAAGGAGAAAUACACGGUCGAGCUGGCGGAAUACAGGCGCACGGAGAGCUAUAGGACGUACUCGGAAUAUCUGAUCGAGUUCAAGGCCAAGCAGCUGCAGCUACAAGAGAGCAAUCAGGAGGCACUUAAUGAGAACUCCAAGAGGCCAAAGCUCGAGAAUCUGAAUACGAGCAGCAAUAGCACCACCACGAAAAGCAGCACCCCAUCCAGCCUGAGCCGUGAAGCCUCACUUGACUCGAGGACACGCGUCCCAUCCCUCGGCCCUAUCCCAGCGCCCUGGUUCCCAGCCGACACGGCACUGCAGGCCCCGCUGCCGCCAAGCACCAAGGCCCAGACGUCACCGGGUGGGCCCAGCACCGCGCUGCCGGGAUAUCGCGACACAGUCAUCAACCCGAACCUGCAGACGCUCGCGUGGAGGGAUCACACCCGCCCACCAAACCUCCCAAUUCACGAGUACAAUCGCCAGGUCGAGCCGAAGCUGAACCAGUCCGGGAUCCUGAAUGCGCCCGAGACGCCGACCUCGUUCGCGCAGGCCUUCCACAACCAGCCGCGCCCGUCGCUGUCGUCGAUUAGCUCUUUUUCCCCACCAUCACUGACAUCCGAAUCGACCGUCUCGACGCAGCAAUCUACCUCGUCCUCCACGGCCGCCGACCCGCGCCAGAGCACCUACUUCGCCCCUCGCAUACCCCUGGAUCCAUCACGUGAGAGGCCAUCAUUCCCCAUGCACCCCGUCUUCUCGCACAACUCCUCCAAGGCCCAGGCGCAGCACUUCGACACGCUCCCGCCGAUCCGACACCCCUCGCUCUCCCCCCAGCUACCCGCGUCCAUCUCGUACAACUCCCAGUCCGGCAUCCUCGCCAUGGACUACUCCUCCAUCAACCAGGCCAGCCAGCGAACCGGCUACCUGUCUCCCACGCGCCCGCCGCACCGGCCACAGCCAAUACCGCUGCAGCUGAGACACCCGCAUCCGACGGUCCCGGACGACGAUAAUGCCCCGCUUGAUCCGGUGUCGGCGCUUAUUCGCGCGGGAGAGAUAGUGAGUAGUCAGGGCAGACAGCAGCAGCAGCUCGAGCACGCGCAGUUGCACCAGCAGGAUCCGAGGUGAGGCGGG